AUGGGCCCAGAUAUAGCCAGGAGCCCUCUGUUCAUUGGUUCGUUCUACAAUCACUGGGAUCGGCAUCCUGCCUGGACUCUUCUGGCUACCUUGUUUGUUAUCUUUGUGCUGUUCCGAGUCUACGAGACGGCGAGACAGUACCGGCGACUGCGGUACUUUAAAGGUCCUCCUCUGGCAGCUGUAUCCAAGUCCUGGCUCCUCAAGACCGUGACGGGAUCUCGGGGUCAUCUCGAGUUCUACAACGUGACGAAGAAAUAUGGAUCCCUUGCGCGCAUCGGCCCCAAUGACCUCCUCAACGACGACCCUGGCCUCAUGAGGCGCAUGCUCGGCGUGCGGAGCGGGUACCGGCGCUCAGACUGGUACGACGGCAUGCGCUUCAACCCGUCGAGGGACAACGUCCUCUCGUGCAGAGACGAGGAUGAACACACCAUGGUUGGAAGUGUUGUUCAAUGGUGGGAAGAUGGAGCUCGCGUGUCGUGA